AUGCGAACUGCUGAAGCUGCUGCAAAAUUAGCCGAGGCUGUUGGAACAGGAACUAUAACAGAAAGUGGCAAUGUGUUUAUGUGCGCCCUUUGUUCAGUGCACGUGACGUCUCAGGAGCAGUUAAGCAGUCACUUGAACGGUGCCAAGCACAAAGCUAAACAACGCAUGCUGGACAGGCAGAAUAGCUCCAAAGAUAAAGACUCUUCUAGCUCUGCCAGUCGCAACUUUCAGGGAACAAAAUGUUUUUACGGUGUAGGACGAGGAGGAGCAAAUUUUCGACGUGGUUUCCGAGGUUCUGGGCCAAGAGGGGGAACGAGAGGUUUACAAGGCAGCCGUUUCCAAGGUCGUGGCCAAGGUCGAGGUAGUUUCCUCCUCAGCAGUUUCAGCGCAGGAGGUGGUCCUGGCGGGGCUAGCCUCUUUAAUGGGAGUAUGUUGUCGUCGUCGUUGUCGUCUUCAUUCGUCAGCGGCAGUGGAGGAGGAACAGGGGGAGGCAGCAGCAGCAGCAGCAGCACCACCAACAACAGCGGCAUUGGCAGUGGCAGCGGCCCCUUGCCGGACUAUGGCGGCUCCAGUGUGGGAGAUUUUGCAUCACUGAAGGGCUGGGGUGGCAUGAGUAUGCCGCCGGUGCCUUUCCGACUUGGAGCUACCUUAAACAUAAUUGACAGUUAA